AUGCAGUGCAAUAAGAGCUUCUAUGUGUUCUACACCUUGCGGCAGCAUCUCCUCACUCACACUAGGGAGAAAUCCUACCACUGUGAGGUCUGCGGGAAACAGUUUGGGAGGGAAGGAACUCUGAAGGAGCACAUGCUGAUCCAUACAGGGGACAAACCUUAUAAAUGUGACCAGUGUGGCAAGACCUGUGCCAGGCGUGGGGACCUCAGAAUACACAUGCUCAGCCAUUCUGAGGAGAGACCACACAACUGCAGCCACUGUGCGAAAAGCUUCAAACAGCUUACGAAACUGAAGAAGCACGAGCGAAUCCACACGGGGGAGAAACCAUACCAGUGUCAGCUUUGUGCAAAGAAGUUUAGACUGCGGCAGACACUGGUUUCACACAUCCGCACGCACACUGGAGAGCAACCAUUCAAGUGCAGCUUCUGCCCCAAGGCUUUCAGUAUUAGGAGUAACUUGAGGAAGCACCAGAUGAUACACACUGGGGAGAAGCGAUUUUGCUGUUCACACUGCAACAAAAGUUUCCGACUGCAGCAGCACCUGAUAUUCCACGAACGUGGCCACAGGGGGGAGAAACCAUACAAGUGUGACAAGUGUGGAAAAGCUGUGAAUAUGAAGAAACACCAGCUGAUCCACUCAGGGGAGAAACCUUAUGUGUGUAAAGAAUGUGGGAAGCAGUUCAACCACAAUGGCAACCUCACCAAGCACAUGCGCAUCCACACCGGUGAGAGGGCCCUUUGA